CGGCGAAUCCAGCCCGGAAACCAGCUCCAGUGUGAGCCGCCUGGGACCUGGGGCCCAGGGUGGCCCCCUUGGCCGCCGUCGAGCUGCUGAGGCCGCCUGACCUCCAGGCGGGUGUCCAGCUGCAAGUCAGCCUGGCCCGGGGUCGGAGGAGAGGAAAUGACCCUUGGCUCUAAAAAGAGGACCCCAUUUUUCAUGAUAAAAUGGCAGCAGUGAAAACGCCCAGCAGAGAACUAAAGAAUGCUGAGGAGCCGUUUAAUAACGUCUCGCCCGUCCUUUUGAAGAGUCUAGUGGAGGAGCCCAAGAGAAGAACAGAAGUACCUAAUCACCUCCUAGAAUCGAAGAUUUAUGCAAAGCUUCUGAAUAAUAAGGUCAUCCAGGCAAAACCUGGCAUCCUGCACUUUGGAGGCUAUCAAGUAGGAAAACAACACCAACAGGCUCUGCAUCUGGUCAACGUCUCGAAUGAAGACAUAGAUGUUCAUAUCUUACCCCCACAAACCAAAUACUUUCAGAUCAAGUAUGUGAAAAAGGAACACCGCCUUGUCCCUGGCUUGUCCCUCACGGUCACCGUUACGUUUUCUCCAGACGAGUGGCGAUACUAUUAUGAUUGCAUCCGUGUUCACUGUAAGGGAGACGAGACUUUGCUUGUUCCCAUCCAUGCCUAUCCUGUCACGAACACGCUGGACUUUCCCUCAUUUAUAAAUCUAUCAAAUGUUCUCCUUGGUGAAAGCAAAAAUUAUGUUAUACCUUUGCAGUGCAGUAGCCCUGUAGAUUUCGAGUUUCAUAUCACUUUGGUUCAGUCUCAUCAAGCCUUUACUAUCGAGCCAACCUCAGGAAUAAUUCCAGCUAAUGGGAGGAUGAACGUGACUGUGAAGUUUACACCCUUUCAGUAUGGCACUGCACAAAUGAAAAUGCACUUAUGGAUUUCACAGUUCAACUCUCAACCCUACGAAUGUGUCUUCACGGGGACAUGCUGUCCCAACAUGGCUCUGAAAUUAGAAGAAUUCGAAAGGCUGAAUGCUCUUUCUAAGAAAGUAGACAUCCCUCCAGAAAAGGCAAUGACACGUAUAAACUUUCACCGACGGCCAGCCCAGACGAAGCCUCCAAAGCUUAAGGAAAUUGAAUAUCAGAACUUGAGAUUUCCAGUAGACUUAUCAAAUCCAUUUGCUGUGGCAACCGUUUUAAACCAAGAACCAGGAAAAUUGAAGAUUAAAGAAUUGAGAGAAGUUUUGGACCAAGGCAAUGAGAUUUCAAGGACAAGACAGAUGAAGGAAGCACUCUUUGAACAGAAAGUCAGACAGGACACUUAUGAAGAGAUCAAAAAUCACCUUAAGUGGCAAGUGCACCUUGGUAAAGAUCAAAUGUCUUUUAAAUUCAAAACAGACCUUACAGAAGAGCGGCAAAGAGUAAACACCAAAUAUAAGCUGGAUAGAGGAGAUCCUGUUUUGGAUGAGGAAUUUCAGCGACUCAAGACAGAAGUUAACCACACACGCGUUGUUCGCAAUCUGGAAGAAAAAAUCGAGGAAUUUCAUCCAAGUUUUGAUCCACUCACGAAUAAUACUUGGGUCAACAGGUUCAGGGCGCAAAGACGGUUUCAACAAGCAGCCCGCAAGAUCAUGGUUCAUCGACGACUACUCAGUAUGCUGAGUGCUGUUCAUGACAUGGACAAAGGGACCAUCCUCAGAAGGCUCACUAAAGGACGACAGUCAAUAGCACCAGACAAGAGUCCCUCCAGAUUUCUGCCGCUGAUCGGUCACGACGAUUAUUCCAGGCGGUUUUCGGUGUCGCCCAAGGAAGUCCUGCCCUUCGCCUUCCCGUCCCACAGUGCUCCUCAGGACUCCAACGAGUUGGCUCCCGACGGCCUUGGCCCGGUCCCAAUCAAAUCUUCAGAAAUUCCAAUCAAGCAGAGUUAUUCCUUCCUCAAGCUGCAGGUUCCUGAGCUGUACAAAAUCAAGGGGUAUCAGCCAUUCUGUGUCCAGAAGUCUUCCACAAGUUACAGACCUCAAAAGCUUGCUCGAGCCCUGAAGCAAGGAGCUGAGGAUGAAGCCACCACCAUCAUAGCCCUGCCGAACCAGGAGGCCGCACCUCAGCUGGCCGGCAAGACCUCGGUCCUGAGCAUGAAACCCCCAGAGGCCUUAGCCAGCUCUCCAGACUACGACCCGCUUUAUAUUUUUAAUCCCAGUCCAGGAGUAUUUGCUGUGAAGCAGCCUCUGACCUACGCAGAAAACCUUGAUAGAUUUACCACCUGUGUUCUCACCCCAAAGUACAAGGUCACCAAGGAGUCCCACGAUGGGUCCAGCAUUCCUCUCACCCAAAGGCAGUUUCUCCAUCACACGGACAUAAUUCCUGGAAUAAUGCACUGGAAGAGGUUCCAGCCCCUGGUUUUCUCAUCCCUGCCUGAAACCUCUAAGGUAGAGACCACACAAAGCUGCGACCCCUUCGAGGUGGCCCUGCUGCCCGCGCACGUGCCCGCCACGCUGGACGCCCUGCCCGAGGAGGACAGACUGGAAGCCGCCGAACGUGAGCUCUGUGCACAGAAUAUAGAAAUUACAUUGACUCCAGAAAUGAUCGAAGCGGAAUUCCCCCUGUUGGACUCCAAGGACACCAAGAAGCAGAAGCAGAUCAGGUAGCUGUGCUCCCCGUCUUUAGACAUCUGUCCUUCCCAUCAAAUGCUCUCCUCGUUUCCUCCCAUUUAUUUGGAAAGUUCUACCCAGCAACCCCUUGCACACCAGGCAAAGGUUUGGGCUCCAUGUCAACCACUGCUUGAUCCAGGUGCAUAACCUCCCUCUUGAUUCCCACCCUUCUGGAGCCGUUGUCAGAGUCAGAGAUACUGUGUGUCUGCUUUAUUCACAAAUGUGAAGAGUCAGCUGAUGCUGCCUGAGCAUUGAGAGGACAUCACGCUAGGAGGUCUAUGAAUAACUUCUCGUUUCAUCUUCGCAACAAUCCUGGGAUACGGGAAUUGCCACCAUUCGUACCUCUGGACAUGGAGACUGAAAGCUGGGUAACUGGGCCGCGCUGAGAACACUGGUGCGGCUGAGUGUGGAAGCCAGUUUGAAUCACUUACUAGUGAAGUGUUUCCACUGGUAACUAAAUUAUCGCUAAAUACAGUGAAAACCUUCUUUAUAUAUAUCUAUGUAAACAACUCCUCCAGCCUUCCCUGAGGUGCCCCUGGCAGUGCUGGCCCUGCAGCAGGGCGUUGGUGGGUGACCUGAGUGUCC